CGCUAGUGACUGCAGUUGCGAAACGUCCAGUGCAUUUUAACGAUGGCGAGUGAACAAGUUUUCAAUAUUAAAUUCGUGGCGGAAAUAGAAAAGCGUCCUGAAUUGUACGAUUAUACGCGAAGCGAGUACUCAAGAAAGGACAUCACGGAAAAAGCGUGGACUGAAGUCUCCGAACAAGUUGGAAUGACAGUGGGUGAAUGCAAGGAAAGGUGGAAGAACUUGAGGGCUGUCUUUGUACGUCAUCUGAAACCCGGCCUGGGUGAUUCUGCAUUCAAACGAAAGAAGCCAUAUUAUCUGACGGAAGCAAUGCAGUUUACUCUUCCAUUUAUUAAGUCAGUUACCGCUUCUCCAGCACUCAUGCCCGAGAUAUUCAAACAAGAAAGAAGUGUAAACAAUGGUAAUAGCGACAAUGAAGACAGUGGCACUGGACAAAAGUCGCCAUCUCCAGCGUCACUUCGCCCUUCACAAUCAACGCCCUCACCGCUGCUUCUUCCAAUUACACCAGUUGUGAAUCUUCAAGAACAGAGAACGUCGAGUGAACAACACGCUGCUUCUAAAGAUGUCGUGCGACACGAUACAGUUGACAACUCUUCUGCGGAAUAUCUAGGAGCCAAGAGGGCAAAACUCGCUACGAUUAAACAGAGCAGCGGUCCCAGUCCGAGAAGUGAGGCUUUGAAAAUGUUUUUAUUAAGUAUGCUGCCAGAUCUCGAGUCAAUGACCGAUGUUCAAGUGCGUAAGUUUAAAAGAAGGUGUCUUGAAGCUAUCGAUGACAUACUUACGUCACCGUCUUACCCUCCUUCUACCCCCGCAUCCACCACUGCAAAUACAUCUCUCUCGUCCUCUCAUACAGACAAUUCGUCCAUACAUCAGCCUCUUAACGUGCCUUCAAAUAGUUCUCAAGAUGAAUCAGAUGGAAUCGAACAAACAUGAGGAUGUUAUGAAGCGAUUCGCAAUGCAGCUACCGAUGUCCAUGAACCUUAGUUUGGUACGAGACAACAGUGAAGGACCAUGAGAAAUGUGCAACACGCAUAUGUGAAA